UUCCUGCCUUCAUCCGCGGGGGUACGUGCUACAGGGCCCGUUGAGAGUAUUAGCAACACCAGUUGAAUGGACAACCUCAAAUUGUUUGAGCAAUCUCGUCUGCUAUGGCGCCCACCAAACCCAUCCCGAACGCGUGUCGAGGCAUUCAGAAGGUUCGUCAAUCACAAGCACGGUCUGCGACUCAAGGAUUAUGAAGAUUUUCACGCGUACUCAGUACAAGAUUAUACAUUCUGGCUCGAUCUGUGGGAAUUUCUAGGGAUUACAAGUAGUAUUCCACCAGAUCCGUUGAGAAUUGUAGAGCCCGGACGAGCUCCUUAUCUCCCUAAUUGGUUUCCAGGAGCUCGUCUAAACUAUGCAGAGAAUCUUCUCUGCCGAUCGGAUGACGGCAUUGCAAUAACAUUUGCUCGUGAAAAUGCUCUAGAUUCAGGUAUAGAUGCGAAGGAACGCUCUCGCAGGAUACAGGACGUGACCUGGCGAGAACUCAGGAAGAUGGUUGGCCAAUUGACGGCCGGGUUGAGAGCGGAGGGCGUAACAAUCGGUGAUAGAGUUGCAGCCAUUCUUAUGAAUUCACCGAUUGCUGUUGCUCUGGCACUUGCUGUGUCCGCAGUCGGUGGCAUCCUUUCGCCGACUGCGCCUGACAUGGGAACGCAAGGGAUUCUUGAACGUUAUCGUCAAAUUCGGCCGAGACUCUUGGUGGCGGAGACCAGUGCAAUUUACACAGGAAAGUCUAUGGAUUUGCUACCUAAAUUACGUGAAGUGGCCAGGGCUUUGAGUGAUUAUGAUCUUAAGAAGGUCGUCCUCGUGCCUGGCGCGGCGGCGACCUCUACGGGAAUACGUGAUGUGCCGUUAAGUGUGACGCUUGACGAGUUUGUGGCAUCCGGGUUGUCAUAUAGCGGUGCUCUGACGUUUGAGCAAUUACCUUUUAAUCAACCGCUAUACAUCCUUUUCUCUUCAGGCACUAGUGGUCCUCCGAAGUGUAUCGUUCACUCUGCUGGAGGCGUCCUGCUACAAAACAAGAAAGACAAUGCACUGGGGUUUGGUAUGGGCGUUGAUGACACGUACUUUCAAUUCACGACAACAGGCUGGAUGAUGUGGCCGUUCAUGCUGGCUGCUCUCGCGGGCGGGACGCGCCUCAUUGCCUAUGAUGGAUCCCCUUUUUAUCCCGAUGUCAAAGAAUUUCUAAAGUUCGUUAGCGAGCAGCGCAUAACAGUAUUUGGAACAAGCCCUCGGUUCUUGUCUGAGUUGCAUUCACGAGGAAUCCACCCACUCGAUCUCGCACCUUUCGAUUCUCUUCGUAUCCUCUUUUCGACCGGUUCUGUUCUUACUGCUCCGAUGUUCGAGUGGACUCAGCACGCGUUUGGAGAAAAUGUACAUGUUCUUUCCGGGUCUGGAGGAACGGACAUUUGUGGACCAUUCGUCGGCGGUGUUGAGAGCCGUCCUGUAUACAGCGGAGAGAUUCAGGGCAAAUGUUUAGGAAUGGCCGUUGAAAUCUUUGAUCCUGAAGGUAGAAAUAUUGAGAACACUGGAACACCAGGAGAGCUUGUUUGCACGCGCCCUCAUCCAAGCCUACCAGUCAGCUUUUGGAACGACAACGAUGGUGAGAAGUUGCGUAAAGCUUACUUUGAUACGUAUCCAGGUGUCUGGAGGCAAGGAGACUUCCUUGCCCUUAAUCCACGUACAAAGGGUCUGAUGAUUCUCGGGCGCAGUGACGGUGUCCUAAAUCCGUCCGGAGUACGCUUUGGUUCGGCCGAGAUUUAUGCAGUGCUGGAAUCGCCGCCGCCCCCAUACCAGUUUUCGCAAGCUAUUGCUGAUGCUUUGUGUGUUGGCCAACGUCGUGAUAGGGAUAAGGACGAGCGUGUCCUCCUGUUUCUGCUGAUGCGCCCUGGACACAGGCUAACAUCCGAGCUCAAGAGAGAUAUCCGAGAAUCAAUCAAGAAGGCUCUCAGCGCAAGGCACGUACCCGCCUAUAUCUUCGAGGUCGACGACAUUCCGUACACUGUAAACAGUAAGAAGAUCGAGAUUGCUGUUAAGCAGAUUGUCUCGGGCUCGAAGUUGAAGCCGAGUGGAACCGUUGCAAAUCCAGAGUCACUCAAACAGUAUUACAGAUUCUAUGAGAUAGAAUUACUGGAUGAAUCUGGUCAUCCUGUAACAGAUCAGAAAGCAAAGCCUAAGCUGUAGUCUCAAUAAAAUAAUUGGAUUUUUU